AUGGCUUACGAAAUGGACGGAGAGUUUGUUACUUGCAGCAUCGAUGACUUUAUGUCGCAUUACUUUGCUUUUGUGCCAGACAAAAACAAUGUUACGAGAUGCAUACAGAAGCAUCUAAUGCCAUUGGGCGUGGCAUCCAUGAACCAGUCUCAACUUGUAUUUUCUGAGUUCCCCGACACCCAUUUUAUUGCCAAUAACAGCAUAGGCAAGGAAAAUGAAAUGGAAGUUUAUGCACCGUUGGCCAGUAUCGCUAAACACAUUGGCAAUUAUGUGUACCAGCACCAGCCCGGCCUCGCAGGGCCGACCCCCAUACGCAAUAAAUUCAACUACCGAAAUAUCCUACACUCCUCUAUCACCUCUGACACACAUGAAUCAAAUCAAGUCGACGCAUGUUUCGCAUCCAAUCAGGAUAAUUCCUUCAGUACCUGGGCAACGGCUGUACCCAUUGAACAAAAAGUCAAGGUCAACAAUGAUGAACAGCGACUCGAUAAUAUAGACACGGUGCUUUCCGCCAAUGCUCAGAUCAUGAACGACGAUGUCCGGCGCAUGUUUACAUAUGGAAUGACUUUUGACGCAGACCAGGUAGUUCUCUGGUUUCAUUGUCGGUCCCACUCCGCAGUUUCUCAACCAUUCAGCUUUGUCAAGGAUCCUGAAAGACUCAUCAAAAUCUUUAUGUUUUUCCUCUUCGCAACUGAGGAGCAGCUUGGAUACGAUCCAUUGGUGGAACGCCAAGUCGAUGGCCAAUAUAUCUUUCGAAUUCGCCAUUCCAAGCCAAACUCUAACGAUGCAGAUGAUUCUCGAUUCUAUCGUACUGUGAAAGUGCUCUCCGGCUACCGGUCCAACAAUAUCACUUGUCGAAUGCCUCGAGUAUGGACCGUUGAACGUUAUAAUCCAACUACUGGAAAAGCAAUGCCGGGCAGCCUGCAGGUCCUGAAGGAUGUCUGGAUUGACCAUACUGUUCAAACGGAACGGCAAAUUCAAGAGGCAAUUUUCAAAGCGAUCAACAAAUUUGGCGACGAGGAGGCGCCUGAGCAUCCUGACCUUAAAAUCAUCUGGGAGGAGCGAAGGGAGCUUAUUCGAUCCAGAGACUAUCGAAGACUUUUCCUCACUAUCGCAGACGACUAUGAAGGUCAAAGGUCAAAAGUAAUCGCACCUGAAUCGCGCCGCAUACGCGGCCUUUUCGACCCUAUGAGAAUCUAUGACCAAGCAAAUCAAACACACAGAAAAUCUGAUGUUGAGCAAUAUUAUGUGCCGAGGAAGCAGUAUCGCGUUGUGUUUGAGGAGAUUUGUCUGCCCAUAAAAUCACUGCCAACACUUGGAGAUGCGCUCGAUGUCAUCCAGGACAUUCAUAUCGCGCUGCAACUAAUGUACUGUGCUGGUUGGGUUCACCGAGAUAUCAGCGACGGCAAUAUUUUAGCCUGCCAAAAACAAGGAUCUCAAUCGCAAUCCACGGUUUGGCAGGCCAAGCUCAUGGACCUUGAAUAUGCGAGGCCGUUCCAGCGUCCUGACGAAGCUGUUGCUGAUCCGACAACUGGCACGCCUUUUUUCAUGCCUGUGGAGAUUCUCAACAAAGACUACUUUUAUUAUAAAGGAUUUGAGCACCCCGAAUAUGAUUCUGAUUACGAGGACGCCAGCGACAGCCGCGUUCCUGCAGCUCCUGCAGAAGAUGACAUUGUCACUCAUAACUUCCAACACGAUUUAGAGUCGGUUUGGUGGCUCAUUCUCUAUCUCAUUGUUUCUCGCGUCUUUAUUCAACCCAACGAAUACUGGGAAGGUCGCAUUCUUGACAAAGAACAAGCCAACCGGUGGAUCUCCGGUGUCUUUCAAAACUUGCUUGUUUUGUCGAAAGAGCGAAGCAGAUGCUUCGUUCGCGGUUCCAUCAAACAACAGAUUAUGAAUUUCACGCCCAAUCAUCUGAAAGAUCUGGUCGACCGUCUGCAGCGCAACAAAGACGUUUUACUGUCAUUUUAUACCAACCGCGAGCGCAAGGAACAAAUAUACGAUCAUGCCUCGUACGCGAGAGUUCAUGUCAACUUCGGUAAAUUUCUUGCAUCCAUUCAGAAUAUGGAGCCUAAGACCUGGCGUGAAUACGUGCUCCCUUUCCCUGAGCCUACUCUAUCCACUCAAACCGAGACCCCAGCUAAUGCAGCUCCAGAAACCCCGGCUCCAUAG